AGAUGGGCUUGGGCCGCUUGGCCAAUUCACCUAGUUGGACGCAAAAGGACCAAAACACCUAAAUAAACCUCUUUCAAAUCGCAUACAAACAAAAACGGCGGCGGCACCGGGGCAGUUAAGCGGCCGAAGACAUGGCGUCGACGACGUACCCUCCCAAUUCCGACAACAGGGCCUUAACCGAAACUCGCUUCUCCGACCUCAAGCCACCACUCUCCGAGCCGAUCCUCGAGGCCCUAACCCGCUCCGGCUUCGACUUCUGCACCCCGGUCCAGGCCGCUACCAUCCCCUUGCUAUGCAGCUUCAAGGACGUCGCCGUCGACGCCGCCACCGGUUCGGGAAAAACCCUAGCCUUCGUCGUCCCACUCGUCGAGAUCCUCCGCCGCUGCUCCACUCUCCCCAAGCCCCACCAGGUAAUGGGUAUAGUAAUAUCCCCCACCAGAGAACUGUCGUCACAGAUAUACCAUGUUGCCCAACCUUUCAUUUCUACAUUAUCACAUGUUAAGUCAAUACUUCUUGUGGGGGGAGGAGAUGUAAAAUCAGAUACGAAGAAAAUAGAGGAGGAAGGAGCAAAUAUAUUGAUUGGCACACCUGGAAGACUGCAUGACAUAAUGGAGCGGAUGGAUAUUUUGGACUUCAGAAACCUUGAGGUUUUGAUCUUAGAUGAGGCUGAUAGGUUAUUGGAUAUGGGAUUCCAGAAGCAGAUAAAUUCCAUUAUUACUCGAUUACCAAAGCUUAGAAGAACUGGUCUUUUUUCAGCUACUCAGACGGAGGCAGUUGAAGAGCUAUCCAAGGCAGGAUUGAGGAAUCCUGUGAGGGUUGAAGUUCGAUCAGAAGCAAAAUCAUGUAAUGAAUCAUCAUCCACACAACAGUUAGUCUCUUCGAAAACGCCUUCUGGUCUUCAUCUUGAGUAUCUUCAAUGUGAAGCAGAUAAGAAGCCAUCACAACUUGUGGAUCUCCUUGUUGAGAACAAGCCAAAAAAAGUUAUAGUCUAUUUCAUGACUUGCGCUUGUGUUGAUUAUUGGGGAAUUGUCCUUCAACGGCUUGCUGCUCUAAAGGGUUUUUCUAUAAUACCUCUUCAUGGGAAGAUGAAGCAGACUGCGAGGGAGAAAGCAUUAGCUUCAUUUACAUCUCUUUCGAGUGGCAUUCUUCUCUGUACUGAUGUUGCAGCUCGUGGACUCGACAUUCCUGGUGUUGAUUGUAUAAUACAGUAUGACCCCCCUCAGGAUCCAAAUGUAUUUGUUCACAGAGUCGGCCGAACUGCCAGGAUGGGACGCCGAGGGAGUUCUAUCGUCUUUCUAUUACCUAAGGAGGAAGCGUAUAUAGAAUUUCUGCAUAUACGAAGGGUACCACUUGAAGAGAAAAAAUGCUCCGAUAAUGCUCCUGAUGUUGUUCCCGAUAUACGAUCUGCUGCAAAAAAGGACCGUAAUGUCAUGGAGAAAGGUCUCAGAGCAUUUGUUUCUUACAUCCGUGCUUACAAAGAACAUCACUGCUCUUAUAUUUUCAGUUGGAAAGAACUUGAGAUAGGGAAGCUGGGCAUGGGUUUUGGCUUAUUGCAGCUUCCAUCAAUGUCUGAGGUGAAGAACCACUCACUUUCAGCUGUGGGCUUUACUCCUGUUGAAGAUAUCAACUUGGAGGAGAUCAAGUUCAAGGAUAAAUCUCGGGAGAAACAGAGGAAAAAGAACUUGCAAGCAAAGAAGGCAGCGUUGCAACAAGAACCACUGAAACCGCAGAAGCCCAAAACAACUGCAAACUCUGCUGCAGCCACUGUUCUGAGGAAAAAGACAGCAAAGCAGAGACGCACAGUCCAGUCAAUGGAAGAUGAAGAUGAAAUGGCGCGAGAAUACCGCUUGCUCAAAAAGUUAAAGAAGGGAGUAAUAGAUGAGAAUGAGUUUGCAAAAUUAACCGGAACUGAAGAUUUGGUUUGAAUACAUAAUUUAUGCGACUUUAAGGACUACUGAGAUUACUAAGUGAGAUUGCGAAGCUCCAGGAGAGGAGGCGAGACAUAAUUUAUGCGACUGUAAGGACUACUGAGAUUACAAAGUGAGACUGCGAAGCUCCAGGAGAGGAGGCGAGAAGCAGAUGCAUAAACAUAUUGGUUUGGAAACUUCUGGCAAUUAAUGAGGCAUGAAGAAAAUUUUGGCAAGCAGAUGCAUAAACAUAUUGGUUUGGAAACUUCUGGCAAUUAAUGAGGCAUGAAGAAAAUUUUGGCAAGAAGUAGCGGCAAAUACCGCAAAAGAAUGUCAAGAAUUACCUUUUCUAUUUACUAGGCGAUAGAUGCCCUUCACCUCCUGUUCCUCCUGUUAGAAAUGAUAGUGUUCGUUUUCAAAUAUUGGGGUAUCUGUGUUUUUAUGAAAUUUGAUAUCCAAAUAGAAUGUGGAUUACACUAAAGCUUUGUUUUCCAGUAACUUAAUUAUGUCUGUACCCUUGUAAUGUUGCUAGAAAGAAAGGCUUGUGAGAUAGCAAGGUUUGAAAAUUGAAAUUGUGAACUUUUGACGUCUUUAGUCAGGAUCAAAGUAUUACCGUAACUAUGCUGUUCACAUUUUUUUUUUGGGUCUUGUUA